UGUGUCCUGCCCUUGAACAGUCCGGACAAUUGGCACUUGGCCGAGACUUUCUCGUAUGCCGUCGCCUUCGGUAUCCACCUCACUGUCCAUGAUCGCCCUCGUCACUCUUUAUCUGCAUCAAGACGAAUUUUUUACAACAGAUUCUGCGUAACGUUGGAGAAAGGGCUCGCGCAGGCGACGACCCACAAUGACCGUGCCCUUCACUCGAUUGUCUACUUCCGCGUCACCAUCAUCUCGCAGGCUCUCAACUUCGCGGCGCGCUGGCAUGGGUUCGUCCGCGCGCUGUUCGCGGUACGCUGCGUCGUACAGCUCGUGUCAAUGAUCGUCGCUGUGUACGCCAAUUGGAGGUUCGCUCCCAUCCGCGGCAUCCCACUUGGGUGGGUGUUGCCUGGGUCUGGGGCGUCAUCGCGUUCGUCCCUCUCGACUGCAUCAGGUUCGCGAUGAAGGCCACCAUCAUCCAGAGGCUU